GCUCGGAAGCGGCGGCUCGGAAGCGGCGGGGCGGAAGCGGCCGGGCGGCGGGGCCGCGGUACGGGGGUCCGCGGGAGAGGCCGCCAGUACCCCAAGUCUGACCAUCAAAUAUGAUUCUUUGCCUGUUACACGAAACUCCUUAAGUACUUCUUUUGCCAUUUCGCCACAUGGCUUCAACUACAAUGCAACAAGCUUUAGAACUGGCAUUGGAUCGUGCUGAGUAUAUCAUUGAAAGUGCCCGUCAGAGACCUCCCAAAAGAAAAUAUUUAUCCAGUGGAAGAAAAUCUGUAUUUCAAAAACUUUAUGAUUUAUAUAUUGAAGAAUGUGAAAAAGAGCCUGAGAUAAAGCAGAAGCUGAGAAGAAAUGUGAACUUACUUGAGAAACUGGUUAUGCAGGAGACGUUGUCAUGUCUGGUGGUAAACCUCUAUCCAGGAAAUGAGGGUUAUUCACUGAUGCUCAGGGGAAAAAAUGGUUCAGAUUCUGAGACCAUUCGUCUGCCUUAUGAGGAAGGAGAGCUGCUUGAAUACUUGGAUGCAGAGGAACUACCACCUAUUCUAGUUGAUCUUUUGGAAAAAUCUCAGGUUAAUAUUUUCCAUUGUGGAUGUGUCAUAGCAGAAAUACGUGACUAUAGGCAGUCUGGUAACAUGAAAUCUCCAACGUACCAAAGCAAGCACAUUCUUUUGCGACCUACAAUGCAGACUUUAAUUUGCGAUGUGCAUUCUAUAACAAGUGACAACCACAAAUGGACACAGGAGGACAAACUCCUACUUGAGAGCCAACUUAUUUUGGCUACAGCAGAGCCUUUGUGUCUUGAUCCUUCAAUAGCCGUGACCUGUACUACAAACAGACUCCUGUACAACAAGCAGAAGAUGAACACUCGCCCCAUGAAACGGUGCUUCAAAAGGUACUCAAGGUCCUCUCUGAACAGACAGCAAGAAGUAGCUCACUACUCAACUCCACCUCAGCUCAGACUACUUGACUACUUACAGAAAAGGAAGGAGAGGAAAGCAGCCCAGCAGUAUGACCUCAAAAUUUCAAAAGCUGGAAAUUGCGUAGAUAUGUGGAAACAGAACCCUUGCUACUUGACUGCUCCUUCUGAAGUAGAUGUGGAAAAAUAUGCCAAAGUGGAAAAGUCUAUCAAGUCUGAUGACUCACAACCAACUGUCUGGCCAGCACACGAAAUGAAGGAUGAUUAUGUGUUUGAAUGUGAAGUUGGUAAUCAGCUUCAAAAAACAAAACUGACCAUUUUUCAGUCUCUUGGCAAUCCCUUGUACUAUGGUAAAAUUCAGACACUCAAAGGUGAUGAGGAAAAUGACAACCUAUUAACUCCAUCACAGUUCCUUAUUGGUUCGAAGACUGAUGCUGAAAGGGUGGUGAACCAGUACCAGGAGUUAGUGCAAAAUGAAGCUAAAUGUACUGUGAAGAUGUUUCAUAAUUCAAGUGGAUCAGUCAGUCAUCUUUCUCCAGGGAAGGAAAUGGAACAGCCAGAAAGUGUAUCAGGCUCUGUUCAGUCUUCAGUACUGGGGAAAGGUGUGAAACACCGACCUCCUCCUAUCAAAUUACCUUCAAGUUCAGGAAGUAGUUCUUCAGGUAGUAUUUUUAGUUCACAACAGUCAAGUGGCCAUCUAAAAUCUCCAACUCCACCUCCUCCUUCUAAGCCUGCUGGUCUUUCUCGGAAGCAAUCUAUGGAUCUUAAUCAAGUUAGCAUGCUCUCUCCAGCUGCCAUGUCUCCUGCGAGCUCUUCACAAAGGUCUGGAACUCCUAAAUCAUCUACUCCUACUCCAACCAACACCCCUUCAUCGACCCCACACCCUCCUGAUGCUCAGAGCUCAACUCCUAUUACCCUUCCUGCCACCCCUACUCCCCAAGAUUCAGGCUUCACCCCUCAGCCCACUUUGUUAACCCCAUUUGCUCAGCAGCAAAUGUCUCUGAGCCAGGCACUGCCUGUAAUGACCAUUCCUCUUUCCACCAUGGUAACAUCCAUUACUACAGGAACAACCUCCACCCAGGUCAUGGCAAACCCUGCAGGACUUAACUUCAUCAAUGUAGUGGGCUCUGUGUGUGGAGCACAGUCACUGAUGAGUGGUUCAAACCCUAUGUUGGGGUGCAACACUGGUGCCAUAGCCCCUGCAGGUAUAAAUCUGAGUGGCAUUUUACCCCCAGGAGGUCUGGUACCAAGUGCGCUGCCCGCUGCAAUGCAAUCUGCCUCUCAAGCAGGCAGCCCAUUUGGUUUGAAAAAUACAUCAAAUCUUCGGCCCUUAAAUCUUCUACAGGGGUCUGACCAAGGUCCAUCCAAUCAAGAUCAGGCAUUAUCUGCCCAACAAGCUGCUGUAAUUAACCUGACUGGAGUAGGGAAUUUUAUGCAACCUCAAGCCACAGCAGUUGCGAUUCUUGCAGCAUCAAAUGGCUAUGGCAGCAGCAGCAGCAGCACAAGCAGCUCACCUGCAUCAACAGCUUUCAGGCAGCCACUCAAAAAGUAAAAGGAAAAGAGGCACACCAGCCCCUCCAAAAUCAUGAGCCUU